CCCCCGGUGAGCCCGCGGCCGGACGGACAUGCCGCUGCUCCACCGAAAGCCGUUUGUGAGGCAGAAGCCGCCUGCCGACCUGCGGGCCGACGAGGAAGUUUUCUACUGUAAAGUCACCAACGAGAUCUUCCGCCACUACGAUGACUUUUUUGAACGAACCAUCCUGUGCAACAGUCUUGUGUGGAGUUGUGCUGUGACGGGUAGACCUGGACUGACCUAUCAGGAAGCACUUGAGUCAGAAAAAAGAGCAAGACAGAAUCUUCAGAGUUUUCCAGAACCACUAAUUAUUCCAGUUUUAUACUUGACCAACCUUACCCAUCGUUCACGCUUACAUGAAAUUUGUGAUGAUAUUUUUGCAUAUGUCAAGGAUCGAUAUUUUGUCAGAGAAACUGUGGAAGUCAUUAGGAACAAUGGUGCAAGGUUACAGUGUAGGAUUUUGGAAGUCCUCCCUCCAUCACAUCAGAAUGGUUUUUCUAAUGGACAUGUCAGUAGUGUAGAUGGAGAAACUAUUAUUAUCAGUGAUAGUGAUGAUUCAGAAACACAAAACAGUUCUUUUCAAAAUGGGAAGAAAAGAGAUGCAAUUGAUCCCUUAUUAUUCAAGUACAAAGUGCAAGUCACUAAAAAAGAAUUCUUUGAAUGUGUUAUUGUUAAAGCCACACAAAUCAGCCGGAGAAAACACCUAUUUUCUCGUGAUAAACUAAAGCUUUUUCUAAAGCAACACUGUGAAACUCAAGAUGGAGUCAUUAAAAUUAAGGCUUCCUCUCUUUCAACAUAUAAAAUAGCCGACCAAGAUUUUUCUUAUUUUUUCCCUGAUGAUCCACCCACCUUCCUGUUUAGUACUGCUAACAGGAGAAGAGGGAGACCACCCAAACGAGUAUCUAUUAGUCAGGAAGCCAGUCUUGCUAAUAAACAGACUCUGGCGAAUUAUAGGAAUAAAGCUACUAAAGAAAGAGACAAACUUUUGAAACAAGAAGAAAUGAAAUCACUGGCUUUUGAAAAGGCUAAAUUAAAAAGAGAAAAAGCAGAUGCCCUAGAAGCAAAGAAAAAAGAAAGGGAAGAUAAAGAGAAAAAGAAGGAAGAAUUGAAGAAAAUUGUUGAAGAAGAGAGACUAAAGAAGAAAGAAGAAAAAGAAAGGCUUAAAAUAGAAAGAGAAAAGGAAAGAGAGAAGUUACGUGAAGAAAAGCGAAAAUAUAUGGAACACUUAAAACAGUGGAGUAAACCUAGAGAAGAUAUGGAAUGUGAUGAUCUUAAGGAACUUCCAGAACCAACUCCAGUGAAAACUAGACUACCUCCUGAAAUUUUUGGUGAUGCUCUGAUGGUUUUAGAGUUUCUUAAUGCAUUUGGGGAACUUUUUGAUCUUCAAGAUGAAUUUCCUGAGGGAGUAACCCUAGAAGUAUUAGAGGAAGCUCUUGUAGGAAAUGACAGUGAAGGCCCACUAUGUGAAUUGCUUUUUUUCUUCCUGACUGCCAUCUUCCAGGCAAUAGCUGAAGAAGAAGAGGAAGUUGCCAAAGAGCAAAUAACUGAUGCUGACACCAAAGAUUUAACAGAGGCUUUGGAUGAAGAUGCAGACCCCACAAAAUCUGCACUGUCUGCAGUUGCAUCUUUGGCAGCUGCAUGGCCCCAGUUGCACCAGGGCUGCAGUUUGAAAAGUUUGGAUCUUGAUAGCUGCACCCUUUCUGAAAUCCUCAGACUGCACAUCUUAGCUUCAGGUGCUGAUGUAACAUCAGCAAAUGCAAAGUACAGAUAUCAGAAACGAGGAGGAUUUGAUGCUACAGAUGACGCCUGUAUGGAGCUUCGUUUAAGCAAUCCCAGUUUAGUAAAGAAACUGUCAAGCACUUCAGUGUAUGAUUUGACACCAGAAGCUAUUUACCUAUUUUUUACAGGAGAAAAAAUGAAGAUACUUCAUGCUCUCUGUGGGAAACUACUAACCCUAGUUUCUACUAGGGAUUUUAUUGAAGAUUAUGUUGAUAUAUUACGACAGGCCAAGCAGGAGUUCCGGGAGUUAAAAGCAGAACAACACCGAAAAGAACGGGAAGAAGCAGCUGCUAGAAUUCGUAAAAGGAAGGCAGAAAAACUUAAGGAGCAAGAACAAAAAAUGAAAGAGAAACAAGAAAAACUGAAGGAUGAUGAACAAAGAAAUUCAGCUGCGGAUAUGCCAAUUAGGGAGGACGAAAGAGAAGAUUUUGAUACUAGCACUGACAGCAAAGAAAUAGAGCAAAAGGAACUAGAUCAAGAUACAGUCACUGAAGAUGAAGAUGACCCAGGAUCCCAUAAAAGAAGCCGAAGGGGGAAAAGAGGACAAAAUGGAUUUAAAGAAUUUACAAGACAAGAAAAGAUCAACUGUUUAACAAGAGAGUCUCUUACUGCUAAUGAGGAAGAAGCUUUAAAACAGGAACACCAACAAAAAGAGAAAGAGCUCUUAGAAAAAAUCCAAAGUGCCAUAGCAUGCACCAAUAUCUUUCCCUUGGGACGUGACCGAAUGUAUAGGCGGUAUUGGAUUUUCCCUUCUAUUCCUGGAUUGUUUAUUGAAGAGGAUUAUUCUGGUCUCACUGAAGACAUGCUGUUGCCUAGACCUUCCUCAUUUCAGAAUAAUGUACAGUUUCAAAAUGCUCAGGGAUCCACAAAAACUGGAGAGUCUUUGAUGUCUGAAUCUACCUCCAACAUUGACCAAGAUUUAUGUGAUGAUUCUGUGCAACUGCCAAAACCAGUGCAUAAGCCAAAUCGGUGGUGCUUUUAUAGUUCUUGUGAACAGCUAGACCAGCUUAUCGAAGCUCUUAAUUCUAGAGGACAUAGAGAAAGUGCCUUAAAAGAAACUUUGUUACAAGAGAAAAGCAGAAUAUGUGCACAACUAGCCCGUUUUUCUGAAGAGAAAUUCCAUUUUUCAGACAAACCUCAAAUUGAUAGCAAACCUACGUAUACUCGGGGAAGAGCUUCCAAUGCAUAUGAUCCAUCUCAGAUGUCUGCAGAGAAGCAGCUUGAAUUGAGGCUGAGAGAUUUUCUUUUGGAUAUUGAAGACAGAAUCUACCAAGGAACAUUAGGAGCAAUAAAGGUUACAGAUCGACACAUCUGGAGAUCAGCAUUAGAAAAUGGACGGUAUGAGCUGUUAAUUGAAGAAAAUAAGGAAAAUGGGAUAAUUAAAACUGUGAAUGAAAAUGUUGAAGACAUGGAAAUUGAUGAACAAGCAAAAAUCAUAGUAAAAGACAGACUUUUGGGCAUAAAAACAGAAACUCCAAGUACUGUCUCAACGAAUGCCAGUACACCGCAAUCAGUGAGCAACGUGGUUCAUUAUCUGGCAAUGGCACUCUUUCAAAUAGAGCAGGGCAUUGAACGGCGUUUUCUCAAAGCUCCACUUGAUGCCAGUGACAGUGGGCGUUCUUAUAAAACAGUCCUGGACCGCUGGCGAGAGUCGCUUCUGUCUUCUGCUAGUCUCUCCCAAGUCUUUCUUCACCUCUCCACCUUGGAUCGAAGUGUGAUAUGGUCUAAGUCUAUACUGAAUGCUCGUUGUAAGAUCUGCCGAAAGAAAGGUGAUGCUGAAAACAUGGUACUUUGUGAUGGCUGUGACCGGGGUCAUCAUACUUACUGUGUUCGACCAAAGCUCAAGACUGUGCCUGAAGGAGAUUGGUUUUGUCCAGAGUGUCGGCCAAAGCAGCGUUCUAGAAGACUCUCCUCUAGACAGAGGCCGUCCUUGGAAAGUGAAGAAGAGAUGGAAGACAGUAUGGAAGGUGAAGAUGAUGAAGUUGAUGAUGACUAUGAAGAGAGUCAAAGUGAGGAGGAAGAGUAUGAGAUAGAACAAGAUGAAGAUGACUCCCAAGAAGAGGAAGAAAUCAGCCCACCAAAACGAGGAAGACCACAAGUUAGAUUGUCAAUUAAAACAAGAGGCAAACUUAACUCUUCUUUUUCAAGUCGUGGCCAACAAGAUCCUAGAAGAUAUACUUCAAGAAGUCAGCAGAGUACACCCAAAACAUCUGUUUCUUCUAAAACUCCUAGUAGAAGCCUAAGGAAGAUAAAGUCUGCUCCUCCUACAGUAACUAAAUCUUUAAGAAUUGCUAGUCGUUCUACUCGCCAGAGUCAUGGUCCAUUGCAAGCAGAUGUAUUUGUGGAACUACUUAGUCCUCGUAGAAAACGCAGAGGCAGGACAAGUGCUAAUACACCAGAAAAUAGCCCUAACUUGCCUAACUUCAGAGUCAUUGCCACAAAGUCAAGUGGACAGUCAAGAUCUCUAAAUGUUGCUUCAAAACUUUCUCUCCAAGAUAGUGAAUCCAAGAGAAGAGGCAGGAAAAGACAAUCUGCAGAAUCAUCUCCUGUGACACUGAAUCGAAGAAGUUCAGGCAGACAGGGAGGAGUUCAUGAAUUGUCUGCUUUUGAACAACUUGUUGUAGAAUUGGUACGGCAUGAUGACAGCUGGCCUUUUUUGAAACUCGUUUCUAAAAUCCAGGCUUCUGGAGUUACAGUGAAUGAUGAAGUCAUCAAAGUUUUUAAUGAUAUGAAAGUAAGAAAAUCUUCUACACAAGAAGAGAUCAAAAAAAGAAAGAAAGCAGUUCUCUUCUGUCUAAGCGAUGACAAAAGACAAAUAAUUGUAGAGGAAGCAAAGCAGAUCUUGGUGGGUGACAUUGGUGAUACUGUAGAGGACCCCUACACAUCUUUUGUGAAGUUGCUACCUCUGAAUGAUUGCCGAUAUGCUUUAUACGAUGCCACAUACGAAACAAAAGAGUCUAAGAAAGAAGACCUAGUAUUUAUAUUCUGGGCUCCUGAAAGUGCACCUUUAAAAAGCAAGAUGAUUUAUGCUAGCUCUAAAGAUGCCAUUAAGAAGAAAUUUACAGGUAUUAAACAUGAGUGGCAAGUAAAUGGCUUGGAUGACAUAAAGGACCGUUCAACCCUUGGAGAGAAAUUGGGAGGCAAUGUAGUCGUUUCACUUGAAGGAAAACCCUUAUAAAAUGACAGUCAAGUGCCAUGUGGAUCAUAAGGAGCUUCCAUUUCUCCAGCUCAGUCCAUUGGAAUAGUGUUAGGUUUUUGUUUCCGUUUUUCCUCUUCCCACUGGGUCCUUCCAUCACAAUGGAUGAAGGAAAUAUCAUUCAUGUAAGCAGCCUAUCAGUGAUUGCCAUUAGACUGUUCAGUGCUGUUCCUUUGAUGUAGAACCCAAGGAAUGCCUUCCCAUGAAAUUAUAGCCAAAACAGCUGGGGACAUGCCUCCCUUGCAGCAAGCACUACACUGAAUGUGAUUGUCAAUGUGAAUAGCUUAGAGUACUGCAAAGGGUAAGCUAAUUGAAUGCCUUGAAAGUAUUAUCCACUGGUCAGAUGGUAAACUUUAUUCAGUAUUAUUUAUAGUUGCAUUUGAUUGCAGUUCUGUGAGGCUUCAGCAUUCAUACACCUCACCUGCCUUGGCAAGCCUGUUUUUGUGACAUGGCAGCACAGAUAUAACACUAUGCAUCGAAAGCACUUUUUUUUUUUUUUUUUUGUAUUGAGUUUAACUUCCCACCUUCAAAAGGAAUGCCAAUAAGUUGUGUUAACUGUGUCAUCAAUUUACCCUAGUAAGUCAGUGUUCAUUCCUGUUACCUGCGUAUCUUCUUAAAAGAAGUAGCUGAUAUUAAUGCCUUUUUAUUUUCCAUUGAGUGUACACUACUGAAUAAGUGUAGGUAGGAGUUUUAUGUUUACCAUGUAAGUCUUGCAACACUAAAGAUACUUUAUCAGUCAUGAUGGCAAUUUCUGUAUAAAAGAGCCUUAAAUGGAACGUUGUUUUUGAGAUCAAACUCCCUACCCUCACAAAAAUGGCCACUUUGCAAUAAAAAUUGUGGCAUGUUA